GUCUGGUUUCCCGAUGUCGCUCAGUCAUGGGUCAAGUGGCUUCUAUGCCACAUAGAGGUGGUGCCUACGUCCUGGAACUGCAUGAAUGGUAUAGAAAGUUUGUCGAUGAAUGUCCCAGUGGAUUGAUCACUCUCCAUGAAUUUCGUCAGUUUUUCUGUGACAUUACAGUGGGAGAAAAUUCUUCAGAAUAUGCAGAGCAGAUGUUCCGAGCCCUGGAUAACAACGGGGACGGAAUUGUGGACUUCCGGGAAUAUGUUACAGCAAUCAGCAUGCUCGCACAUGGAACCCCAGAGGAAAAGCUUAGGUGGUCCUUCAAGCUAUAUGACAAGGACGGAGAUGGUGCGAUCACCCGUUCAGAGAUGCUGGAAAUCAUGAGGGCUGUGUAUAAAAUGAGUGUUGCAGCAUCUCUCACAAAGGUCAAUCCGAUGACCGCAGAAGAAUGCACUAACCGCAUCUUCAUUCGUCUGGACAAGGAUCAAAAUGCCAUCAUCAGUCUUCAGGAAUUUGUAGACGGUUCUCUGGGUGAUGAGUGGGUCAGACAGAUGUUGGAAUGUGAUCUCAGCACAGUGGAAAUCCAGAAGAUGACGAAACACAGCCAUUUACCUGCCAGAUCAUCCAGGGAGAGACUCUUUCAUGCCAACACCUAAACUUUUCGUUUUCAUCCCCUGCCUAAAACACGGAAAUUAACAUCGCUCAGGACACACAGCCUACCUACAAAGUGACACAACGUCUAAUUUCAUCAUCAUCUGCUAAAUCUCUACAUUUGCUGGAAAACUGAAUUACCAAAUGGUCAUGAUAAAAAAA